CGUUGCAGACGACAGUAUGGCACAGCCAAGAAAUUACUUUCACUGACGUCCUUACAUCCAGUGGUCCCGUCUGGGCGUUAAGAGGCAUUCCACUGGAAAAAAGUCACCAAGACAAAGACGAUCAACAGAUCCGUCAACAUUUGAUAGCUUGCCUUUCUCUUCAAAGCCUGGUGACAUAUUUCCCUGGACUGGUCUGCAUGUGACGUUAUGGAUAUGAUCGGCACGCGGGCUAUUUUGGGCUCGGUGUUUUGGAGGGCGCGGAGUUCAUCAAUGGACAAGGGAAUAAGAAGAAGGGAAACGUGUCGACUAACUGUAGUACCAGAGAACGUGGGAUGAACUGAUCAUGAUGCAGGGAAAAGACGAGCAAGAAAAUCUUCAGGAUAAAAUUUGUUGAAGUGAAAUUCUGACAGCCAUGGCACCCGACGUGCUUGUUUACGUGGAAGACGCGCGCUUUAAGGUACACAAACAAGUCCUGAUGGAAAACAGUGACUACUUUCACUCCAUGUUCACCCACUGUCUCAGAGAGUCUCAAGAAAACUCCGUGACUCUCAGAGGACUGGAGGAAGAAACCUUCGAGACGUUACUGACGUUCAUGUACACUUCCAAGAUGUCGCUAACUGACGAUCACGCGAACUUCACGAAAAUUCUCUUCACCGCGACCUACCUACAAAUCCCCAAAGCUCUACAACUGUGUGAUAAUUACUUACAAAACCUCAUGAACAGCGAGAACUGUGCAGAAAUGGCAGUGGUAGCUGGUGACCAUGGUCUAACCCAGCUAGAGUCCGCAGCUCUUGAACUAGUGAGCAAAAAUUUCUCUCUAGUAACUGAAUCAGUCAGUUUUCUAUACCUCUCUCCUGUGCAAAUGAUCAAACUGAUAGACAGCAGUUAUACAAUCGCGUGCGCAGAGUUGGACAUCUUCGAGGCUUAUGUAAAGUGGUUUAGAUUCAACAUCAAAGAAAGAUACAAGUUUGUUGGCAAGAUUAUGUCAAAAAUAAGAUUCGCUCUCAUCAGCUUGAGACACCUUGAGGAAGAUGUCUUCAAAAUUGCGGAGGAGUUUAGGGAUCUCGAGUUUAUCCGGAUUGUUCUAGAAGCGAGAGAUUGGCACAUAAAGAAGUUUGAACAGAGUGUGUGUGCAGGUAUGAACGUCACCUCCAGAGUGCCGCCGGUUAUGACGCUUAUUUCUGGUUUGGAAGACGCGAAUCAGGACUCUUCCUUGGCGAUGCAGAUGUGCCGGACUCCGUCACCAGGUAAACUACUCUGGGAGCCUGUCAAUACACUGCCCAAGGGGUUUCAGGAGGCAGCAGUGGCUUGUGCCGUGGUUGAAGAUUUCCUGUACGUGCUGGGGUUCCCCACACAUUUCCUGUCCAGCGACUCCCUGGUGAAGGACCACGUCAGUCUGUUCUACAGGUACGACUCCAGACAGCACGACUGGUUACCGCUCAGGAAACCAAGGGUUAAACACGCAGGCAUGACACUGUCAGCCAUCGGUGACAAGCUGUACGCCUGUGGGUCGGCCUGUAACAACAUCAUGGAGUCUUACUUCAUCCGCACAAACAAAUGGUCGGACGCGGCGCGACUUCCCCACCACCUAUUCCUGCAGGCCACCGAGACAUUCGGCGGGAAGCUGUACAUAUCCGGCGGCCUUCACGAAGAAACGGGGCUGAGUCAAGCCAGUUGCGACCUCUUGCGGUUCGACCCAGAAACAGACGAAAUCGUCACGCUAGGACCAAUGCGUUCGCCGCGAUUCGGGCACUGUCUGGUGGCGGUCGGGAGCAAGUUGUACGUGUUCGGCGGCACGACGUUCGACCCCGAGAUCAUAUCGUGGAGGUUCGCGCUGAAUUCUGAGUGUUACGACGUUACGGAGGACGUUUGGACAGAGAUCCCGUCCAUCCCGUCUCCCAGGUCGUUUUUCGGGGCGCUGGCUUGGGGGGAACAGAUCUACGUUGUCGGGGGGACCCGGGACGGGGUAGGGCUGAUGACCGUGCACGUGUACGACGUGAAGAAGAAGAAAUGGGAAGACAGGCCGCAGAUGCAGAGAAGAUUGUUCUAUCCGGGGCUGGUGACGCUGCGACAUCCCUGCAAGAAAAAUAAGAAAUGGUGGGACCUCACUCUAACGUAACGUAGAACUUUGACGUGAAGAACAGUAUGAUACAUUUAGUGACCGAUAUUUA